AUUAUUCAGAAAGAAGAUGGCGGUCUUGCACAAGCUUGGCUCAUGGCCACAGUCGGCACAUCCAAAACUGCUUACCGACGAACACUGAAGCGUGAACUCAAAGAUGUCUCGAUUCCAAAAAUUUGCGACGAGGUUACUUCUAUAGCUUCAGAAGCGCGUCAUUUGAGAUUGACAUCCAAUUUGUUGUAUGGGCUCUCUUUGAUUUACAAGCAAAAGGUAGCCUACAUGGCUACCGAUUUGUCACUAGUUUGUGAUCGGAUCACAUCGCCAUUAUUCACGAAAAAAGUAGUUUCCCACGGCUAUACUGCGGAUCCAAAAACUUCAGCACCAGUCACUCGAUUAGCUUGUAAACCAGAUAGUGCUAAUUUUGAGAUGGAAUUAGAUUUUUUUUCAGAAUUCCAUGAUUCUGAGGAGGAGGAUGUCGCUUUGAGCAAAUCGGAUCAAAAUGCAUUGGCAAUAAGAUGCCAAGAUAAAGACACCAACGGGGAGACUGGCUUGACCAUAGUCCCUGCCUAUAUCGCUGCUGAUGCAAAGGAUAAACUGUUUAUGGAGUUUAUGGACAAAACAAUGAGUACCAAGGAGAUACUGCUAGAUGAGGAUCUCACCGUUGAUUUUGAAUUCAACCAAGAUGGCGAACUUGUGGGGCACGAGGGGAGCAACCAACUCAUUCAAGAGGCUGACUUUUUGCGCGAUUUGAAUCUAGAAGAGGACCUUGUCGCUGUGAGUGGCUCUUUUGAAGAUUUUUCUAAAUCCAACCAAACCGAUGAGCACGUUUGUCUUCGACUCCAUCGAUCGAAGGCAAUUCCUUUGGACACCGGGGCUGCAAAAACGCAUAAGAGAAGAAAAUUAAAACCAAUCUACGAUGAAAUCACUACCGUGGGUAAUGAGAGAAGGCUCACAGAGAGUCCCUGCAAAAGUUUGUCUUCUCCUAAUUCGGUGUCCAAUGUGUUCUACGACAUGAGUUUGACCCAACCACCAUUUUUGAAUAUGUGCUACAAAAUAAUUUUUGGAUCCUUCUAUACUGCCAGUAUGAGCGCUGCCAACCUCCCUCUGUCAACCAGACACCCGACGAUUUCCAAGCUCGAUUCAUUUUUGAGAGAGUUCGACGAAAUUGAGCAGGGAAGAAAUGUGCCUAGCAGAAGACCAAGUCUGAGU